CACAGUCUCGCGAUACUUAGUAGCGUGCAGGCCUCUUGAAGAAGGUGUGCUUCAUGGCGGUGACGGAGACUGCGAAUUUGUUGAAUUGUUAAAGAUACUACCCCCCCCCUCUCUCCUGCCUCAGUCUGGUGGACCCAACGAUUAAAAGGGGUUGCAUAGGGCGCUGAAGCUCUGACGAUGGAGAAUGGACAGGGCACAGGCUCCAAGCUCGGCCUGCCGCCUCUUACCCCAGAGCAGCAGGAGGCACUUCAGAGGGCAAAGAAGUAUGCCAUGGAACAAAGCAUUAAGAGUGUGUUGGUGAAGCAGACCAUUGCCCAUCAGCAACAACAGCUCACCAACCUGCAGAUGGCAGCAGUGACAAUGGGCUUUGGAGAUCCUCUCUCACCUUUACAAUCGGUGGCAGCUCAGCGGCAACGCGCUCUCGCCAUCAUGUGUCGGGUGUAUGUUGGUUCCAUAUACUAUGAACUUGGUGAGGACACCAUCAGACAGGCCUUUGCCCCCUUCGGCCCAAUCAAGAGCAUUGAUAUGUCUUGGGAUUCAGUAACAAUGAAACAUAAGGGGUUUGCCUUUGUGGAGUAUGAUGUGCCAGAGGCUGCUCAGCUGGCUCUGGAGCAGAUGAACUCAGUCAUGUUGGGGGGGCGAAACAUUAAGGUUGGGCGGCCAAGUAACAUCGGUCAGGCGCAACCCAUCAUUGACCAGCUGGCAGAGGAGGCGCGCGCUUUUAACCGGAUCUACGUGGCGUCCGUCCACCCCGACCUGUCAGAUGAUGACAUCAAAAGUGUGUUUGAGGCCUUCGGAAGGAUCAAGUCUUGUACGUUAGCCAGGGAUCCCACCACAGGACGACACCGAGGCUUUGGCUUCAUCGAGUAUGAAAAGCCACAGUCAGCCCUGGAUGCUGUGUCUUCUAUGAACCUCUUUGACCUGGGGGGUCAGUACCUUCGGGUGGGCAAAGCAGUGACACCGCCUAUGCCCCUACUGACCCCCACGACCCCCGGUGGUCUGCCGCCUGCAGCAGCUGUGGCCGCAGCGGCAGCCACCGCUAAGAUAACGGCCCAGGCAAGUAUGAAUCCCUUCCAAAGGGAUUUAAUGGCCUUCCAGGAGGCUGUAGCCGGGGCAUCAGUCCUGGGGGCGUUAGCAGCGCCCCAGCUUCUCGGUCAGCAAAUGGGAAUCCCUCAGGCUGUCAUGGCUGCCCAGGCACCGGGGGUCAUCACAGGUGUGUACCAAAACAUGAGUGUGACACCAGUGCGUCCUCCCAUACCAGUACUUCCCCAGGUGGGUCUUGUGAACCCCGUGCUUGCAUCGCCACCAGUCCUGUCCAAUCAAGCUGGAGGCUCUGGCCAAGCAGAGAAGAAAGAAGAGAAAGAGGAGUCGCUUCAGGAUGGAACGGGACAGGAAAUGCUGAGUGACCAAGAGCAUAUGAGCAUUUCGGGCAGCAGCGCCAGACAUAUGGUCAUGCAGAAACUGUUACGAAAAUCAGAGUCCACAGUAAUGGUACUUCGAAAUAUGGUCGGACCAGAGGACAUUGACGACGACCUGGAGGGCGAGGUGACGGAAGAGUGCGGCAAGUUCGGCUCCGUCAACAGAGUCAUCAUCUACCAGGAAAAGCAAGGAGAAGAAGAAGACGCGGAUAUCAUCGUUAAGAUCUUUGUAGAGUUUUCCAUGGCCUCCGAGAUGAACAAAGCAAUCCAGGCCCUGAACGACCGCUGGUUCGGAGGUCGUAAAGUUGUCGCAGAGGUGUAUGACCAAGAUCGUUUCAACAGCAGUGACCUCUCUGCGUAAAAGAGUCUGAAACGGUUCACCAGCACAGCACCCACAUCCUCCAAAUACCUGUUGCCCAAACUCAUUUCAGCCACUGUCACUGCAGCUAGAAAUGUGGGGGGGCUUCGGAAACUUUGUAAUUAUGUUUAUUUUCUUUCCUUUUUUAAAAAAUGGCUGUUGAUAUUAAUGUUAAAAUGCCCCCAUUUUUGGGAUUCAUUAAAAUAUUUGUGUCAGUUUUGCUUUGUGAUCUGUGAAGACUUUUUUUUUUUUUUCUUUCUUUCUCAGUGCAAGUUUCAAAUUUUUGUAAUUUGAUCUUGUAAAAACGUUUAGGUUUCCUGCUUUCCCUCCCUUUUUAUUUUAUUUUGUUUUGUUUUGUUUUUGUUUUUGUUUUUUUCUUUUAUGAAAUUGCCAGGACAUGUAAACACUUUCUUUCUACGAUUAAAGGUUUUUGUUUGUCCACAUAAAGUGUGACCCAAAGUUUUUUUUUAUGAAGGAAGAGUCUGUAAACCUGUUUCAGGAUUUUGACUGUAGACCAUAAUAUUUGAUUGCUGAGUAAAAAUUCUGUAUUUUA